AUGAACAGCAGAUACAUUCGCCACGGCUUGCAGAACACGGCAGAUAACAGCAGCAGCAGCAGCAGCAGCAGCAGCUUCAGGGGCUCAAGACAUGACUUCCGGCCCUCCGAGUCUCUGGCUAGCCAGAGGGGUUUGAAGAGCAGCAGCCCCACAGCAGCAGCAGCAGCAGCAGCAGCAGCAGCAGCAGCAAACCGCUCCCCCUCCGUUUUGAAAAUGAGAAGUUCAGCUAGCCGAUCGCUAGACAGCAGAACACAAAGCGGCAUCCACGACGGACCUGCUGCUGCUGCUGCUGCACAGCAGCAGCAGCAGCAGCAGCAGCAGCAGCAGGCGAAGACGAAUGGACAGCAGCAGCAGCAGCAGCAGCAGCAGCAGCAGGCGAAGACGAAUGGAAACGCAGUACCGAACAACUCUUAA